CUGCGGCGGGCGGGAGGCACCUGGCUAGGCAGUGGGAGGGCCUAUUAGACUGUGGACUGGGCGUUAGGCGGAGCGACCCCACCCCCAAAUUCAAGGAAGGCGCUUCUGGAGGGGAGUGGCCGCCAACUCCCCUCCCCAAGUGAUUCCUCCUGCCCCACAGGCCCACACCGCACCCCACUGAGCUACCGCGCGUUGCUUGCGACUGGAUCGCUGCUGCUUUCCUCGGGCUCAGAGAGUGGAGCCCCUUUUUGCGCUGGGACCAGCGACCUGCUUUCAAAAUGCAGGCGACAAAAAAGCGCAAGCACUCCAGCAGUAGCUGCGCGAGCGCGGUGGAAGCGGGCAACAGCAGCAGGGAGGACGGGCGCGUCUGGUCCCUGCGGGGCGCAGUGGGCCCCCGGCUCCGGGGAGCUCGGCUCUUGGGACGCGACGAGGGCGGCACGCGGGCUGCAGAGGCUGACGAGGAGGAGCAACAACCCAGCACCCUGCAGGCGCUGCCGACUGAGUUGAAGCUAUACAUUAUGUCCUUCCUCACACCCAAAGAUGUGGUUUAUCUGGGAAGCACCAACCACUACUGGAGGCAAACUGUCCAGGAUCCCUUGCUGUGGAGGCAGUUUCUGAUCCGGGAUCUCCCUUCUUGGCAUUCGUUCAGCUGGAAGUCGCUCCCGGCUGCCCAUGUAUUUAGCAGUGCCUUUGUUGAGCAGUACGGUAUUGCUGCCUAUGACUACAUGGAAGUGUAUAAGAAGUGCUGUUCCUGGAUCAAGAAGCAUCCGCCACGCCUCUGGCCAGCUCAUGGACUGACGACAUUCUUUUCAGAGGUGCUGCGCUCAAAAGUAGCGCCCUGCUUUGCCAUGUUUGGGCUUGGUUUGGAAGACUUGGAUGAAUCUUUGGAAGAUAAAUUGAUGAUGACAUCACCGACAGCAUCAGCGAUCUGGCAGUCUUAUCAUAUGCCUUUUAAACAAAUUUAUGAAAUUGGACCAGGAAUUGGAUUGCAUUCAAAUGAGUACCAGAAAAUCACCAUUAUAACACUGUAUUCGAAGCCCAGCCAGAGAAGACGCAGAGCCAGAGAAGUGAACCCUUUCCCUCUCAACAUGUUGUUCUAUGCAGAGAAUGAGGCAGAUAAGACGACUCAAAGCAAUCUGACUGAGGUCUUUAAAUCAGAGUUAAAGUUUGUUGAUGGAUUUAUCUAUGUUGCAAGUGCUGAAGCUCAUCAUGGACACGAACGUCAAACUGAAUGUGCUCAGCUGGCAGCAUUGCUCGAUCCUGUUCUUGGACCUCCAGACAGACCUCUGCUGAUCUUGUCUUGCAUUUCCGUUCCUGGCACUGAACGGAUUCCUUGUGUUUACAUGGCUCAUCAACUGCAACUAGACCGUCACUGCCAACCGUGGAUGAUUCAGAACAUUGACAUUUUAACAUUAACUGGACUGCGGAAUGGAAUUGAGUGGCUACUGGAUGAAAUAAAAAACAAGAAAACCACUACUAAUCAGAAAUAUUCUGAGUGACCAAUUAGUUUUGUUCCUAAAUGUCUUUCUUUACAAGCAGUGCUUGAUGUGAAUACUGCUCUCCCUUAGAUGGCCAUGCUUUGGCAAGGGAUGAUUUCUCACAGGAGCUGCUGCAUAAUAGCUCCCUUUUGGCAAGAUGUGACUGACUGCAUCAGCCUAGUUUUUAAUUUCAAUUUUAAAUUGUGGCAGAGCAAUCCUUCUUGGUGAUUUACCACAUGUCUGGAACCUCUCCAGGGGUAGCAGAUCAUGGCUCUCCUGUGCACUACUUGUUGCCAAGUGUAUUGUUUGGUGGUGCUGGAAAGACUAUUUCAGCCUCUGCUUAUCAAUGGAUAGAAGAUUUCUCUAAUUUGGGAACUUUUGAACUAACAAUUUACCAUCGUAUGCUGAAAGAAGACUCCCAUACCAGAAUUUCAAAAGAUUAUUUAGAGUUAUUUGCAUAAUUUCCUCUGUUUCAAAUCAAUAACUAUGUUAACCCCUCCAUCCUCCCCUCUUUUGUUUGUUUCUGUUUUUGUCUCAUGUCCCCAGCUUUUUGUUGUAAUUACUGUUAUAACAUGAAAAAAUUAAACUGUUAAUUUGGAGGAAAAAA